GGACAGCCUUCUAAUCGGCGCAUCCAUGGCUCUGCUCGUCGUGCUUUCCCUCGUCGCCUUUUUCUGCUCCAACCGACGGCGAGCGGCGCAGAGCUCGUCGCGGCAGGGCGUGGUCGACAUCGAGCUCGGGGACGGCAGGUGCGCCGCCAUCGCCGCGGGGCUCGACGAUGCCGUCCUGGCCGCGUGCCCGACGACGGUGUACUCCACGUCGAUCCAGCAUCAUCUGGCGGCGGCUACCGGUGAGCGGACGGCAAAGGAGGAGGAGCGCGGGUGCGCGGUGUGCCUGGCGGAGUACGCAGACGGCGACGAGCUGCGGGUGCUCCCCGGCUGCGCGCACGCGUUCCAUCGGCGGUGCGUCGACCAGUGGCUUCGGCAGCGGUCCAGCUGCCCGCUGUGCCGCACGUCGCCUCAGAGCACCACCAGUGCAUGCUAACCGUCACAGCGUCAGCAUGCCGAUCGAGGUAGCCUGUCGCUAGUCGGGACCGUUCGUUCCGGCCGUAUAGCAGCAAGAUGUGUCGUACUCAAUGCCUCGCAUGGGUGCCGGAAGAUGUAUAGAUGUUCUGUACGGAGCCGCCAUGUAGCUAGGGCGGAGUACCUAGCCAAGCUAGGUUGGUCGUCAUGGCCAUGUGACCAUGACUCUCUCUCUCUCUCUAUGAAGACACAGCUAAAUUUAGA